CCUUUUCCUCAUCCUGGGUGGCAAUGCUCAGGUAUCUGGGAGCCAUGUGUGUAACCAGUACAGAACAUCAGGUUCUUUGCCAGAGGAAAAAAAAGAGUUUCUGCAAAAUGGACCAGGCUUACAAGACUUUGUGUCUGGAGAUUUGUCAGACAAGAGCACGUGGGCUGAGUAUAAAGGCAAUUUAAAGCGUCAGAAAGGAGAAAGGCUGCGACUUCCUCCAUGGCUGAAAACAAAGAUUCCCAUGGGAAAGAACUACAAUAAACUAAAGAAUACCUUGAGAAGUUUAAAUCUUCAUACGGUAUGUGAAGAAGCACGUUGUCCCAACAUUGGAGAAUGCUGGGGAGGUGGUGAAUAUGCUACAGCUACAGCUACUAUUAUGCUGAUGGGUGACACAUGCACUAGAGGUUGCAGAUUUUGUUCAGUAAAGACAGCCAAAAAUCCACCUCCACUGGAUCCCAUGGAGCCUUACAACACAGCAAAGGCUAUAGCUGAGUGGGGCUUGGAUUAUGUUGUAUUGACGUCUGUGGACAGAGACGAUAUGCCUGACGGUGGAGCAGAACACUUUGCAAAGACAGUCUCUCAUCUGAAAGAAAGGAAUUCAAAAAUUCUGGUAGAAUGCCUGACUCCCGACUUCCGCGGGGACCUUAAGGCCGUGGAGAAGGUAGCGUUGUCUGGGCUGGACGUCUACGCCCACAACGUGGAAACGGUGCCACAACUACAGAG